AUGACGGACGAUUUUUAUAAUUCGUGGGUGGAACCUAGCAAAUACCCACGAAUACCCAAUGUAUACGAACCAAUUCAAGACCCCCAAAUUUCUGGUCCUUGUGGUAUUCGAGAAAAGAAAGAAUCUGCCUGGGCUCAUCAGGAUUCUCGGGAUAGCCAUCAAUCGUCUUGGACGAGCAAUCGCAAACCUUCGAGCGGCGAGGAAUCAUAUCAGUGGCUCAUCAACGACCGGACGAAUUAUUCUGUGGCUGUACAACUAGGGAGCAGCUACAGGAGCGAGAACCAUAUCCUUGGAGAUAACUUCAAAGACACAUCGAGGGACUGGCACUUGCCGUCUUAUCACCCAGAUCCAAUUGAGAAGAGACGUGCAAGGCGUGAAGCGAGCUUUGAGAAGUGGAAAGAUGCUGGUGAUAGGGCUUUUUGUCACCCAGGGAGGUUUGGCCAUGAUUUGAACCACUUGAAGGCUUGA